CACACAGUCAUUCGUGUAGUGUACGCGCGCCCGUCAACGAGUGUGUUCGUUUUGUUGUUCUCGUUCGCGACGUGUAUUUUUGUUUUAUUUUUAUCAUAACCAUAUAUAUAUAUAUAUAUAUAUGAAUACUGCUUAACUGUUUAAUAAUAUAACAUUGUAAUAUUGAAAUAAAACCGUUAAUUAUUUUGAGUGUGUUCCGAGUGUGCGUAUUAAGUUUCGUGUGCGCUUGUUCAUCUCAUACCAAAGGUAUUUACGAUAUUAAUCAUCAUAGCAUACUUUUUGCGUGUCACGCGUUUAAACGCAGUAUUUAAUCAUAAGUACGUGUACUUAACAUUUUUACGACUUUUUUUUGGUUUGAGUUAAUUCCGUUUUCAGUCGUUUUUCACUCAGAGUUGUCGUUCGAUACGUUUUCGCAAGUGUUCCCGUAGCAUGCGCGAUUUCCACAGGUUUUCUAACGACCCAUACCGAUGUGUUAAUGGUGUUGACGUCGACGCGGUCCCGCCGCGACACAUGCCGUCGUCGACACGGCCGCUACGGCCACCGGUAAUCGUUGCCGCGCGAUCGUCUGCACACUGUGGCCAUGACGUGUUCGCAUUCGACGCGGCGAUAUGAGUACCGUCGUCGCAGUCGAUCAGUGACCGGAUUAUCGCCGAAAUCGGUAGCAACAGUAGUAGUAGUAGAAGUAGGAGUAGCAGUAGAAGUAGUAGCGGAAGUAGUGCGGAGCACGGACGUCCGUGCGUAAGACACGAGCCCUCGACUGUGUGGGCACGAAGAAGACGAAGAAAACGACGACGGCGACGACAACGACUUCUGAAAGACGACUCGAUCGGCACGGUCGAGAUGGAAGACGACCACCAAAACGAACAGCAGGUGAACAACCCGCACAUAAACAAAGUGCUGAAAACGUACCAGAUGAGUGCACCCAGGAGCUUGCAGGGACCGAAUUCGGUGCUUGACGAACCGUCCGGCGCCGCGGUGGCCGUGUGCUCGCCCAAAGCGCCUAUGGCCACCGCCACUGGAGGCGACUCCGAGUCCGGCGGGGGCCGAAAGACGCCGGCGCCAGCGCCACCACCACCGCCACCGUUGCACCCGGUGCUGUACGUGCCGGACCAGUCGGGAUGCGAGCUGUUCGAAACGGAGCUGGAAUGGGAGAAAAUCGCUUGCUUCAUGGUGGGCGGCGAGAUGCGCCUGUGCCUGCCGCAGAUCCUCAACACGGUGCUCCGGGACUUCACGCUCACCCAGAUCAACCAAGUGUGCGACGAGUUGCGCAUCUACUGUUCGCGGUGUACGCCCGAACAGCUGGAUAUGCUCAAGCACUGCCAGAUACUGCCGGUGACGGCGCCGUCGUGCGGGCUGAUGACCAAGACGAACGCCGAGCGGCUGUGCUUUGCGCUCCUCCACCGGAUCCCGCCGCCCGCGGCCCCGGUGCCCGAGGACGUGGUCACGUUCUCGUUCGAGGUGUUCCAUGACGUGUUCGGCAAGACCCGGGGCGUGUGCAUGCCCGAGCUGUACACCGAAAAGUUCUCGGCGUGCAUACAGUGCGUCGAGUGCAAGGCGUUGUUUGCGCCCCAGCGGUUCGUCAACCACAUACACCGGUUCACGGGCACCAACUCGUGCCACUGGGGCUACAAGCGCGAGAACUGGAAAGCGUACGUCAAGGUGUCGCACGGGCACCCGGACUACGCACAAGUGGUCAACCUGUUCGAGACGUUCAAGGAGCAGAUCGACGAGUCGGCCACCGCGCACUUUUCUUCCAGGAAACGAAAGCAGUUGAUGGAACUUGUGCCUGUUUCGUGUACGGUUCGCCCGUCCAGGGCAGAAACACCGCCGCCGUCACUGAAAAGGACGAAGCUCGAGGAUGCGCCGCCUGCGGUGCCUACGGCAGCCUACUACUCGGCGUUGGGCAUGGCGCCCACGCUGCCUAACUACAUGGUGGACCCAUUUCACUAUUUCUACGGUGCGUGGGUGCCGCCACCCGCGGCCAUGUACAUGAACAACUCGCAUCACCUGUACAGAAACGACAGUUUGAUCAAGAGGGAGAGACCGCCGAGGUUAGUGGACCCGCAAAAAGUCAUAUCACACACGCAGUCCGAACAAUUUGGCAGGAGUUUUCAACCGAAUGUCGCGUUGGCGCCUCCUACUAAACACAACGGCAAUGCUAAUGCCAGCAAUAUCCUAGGCCAUCACCACAACCAUCACUAUCAAAACUCUAACAAUGUCAAUAACAAUAAUAAUAACAGCAGUAAUAACAACAACAAUACUGCCAAACCGACGGUCAAAUUCAAAGACAAAGAUGACGGUGAACAGGAAAACAAAGACAUUAUCCCGACUCAAGAGUCUGAGAGAAGAUACAACAGUGUUGCCGCCAGUGUCAUGGAGCAAGUGGCUGCUGUUUUGGAUGCCUUGAGCGAUGCUAAGGAGACGACGCGACAACAAGUGAUCGGAUUGGUUGAGCGGAUUGCUCUGCGGCUUGAAAAAGUAGAAUCGAAAAAUCAGCAACUCGUCCGGGAGAACGAAAUACUUAGAAACCAAUUGAACACGAAGAGGCAUACGAACAAAGAAGAUCCGUUAUUAGUAGAUGACUGUAUGAUGAUUAAAUGGGAAAACAGCGGUGGUAUUGACCAAGAACAUAGUAAAUCCAACAGUUUGCCAUUAAUGAACAAGAGGUGUAGUCCAGUAUCCGUGAUAACCUCACCACCAUGUCAGCCCAAAACACCUCCACCUCAUAAUCUGCAGCCCAAUAUCAUGGCUGCUACCACUGCUACCAUCACAGCCACCUCAGUGUUGAUCAAAUCGGAAUCCAUCGACUGAUUAUUAUAACUGCAGCCUGUUGUUUACUUAUUAUUAAUUAUUAUUAUUUAAUUUAAUAUUGCUACCACCGACAAUUGAUCUCUCCUUAAAAAAAUAAAAUUAAAGUAAAUAAUAAUAUGUAUAAAUUAUACAAGCUUUUUAUAAUAUUUAUUCAGUACUACAAGUAUAAUAUAUGUGUAUAAAU